GGUUCUAACACGAGUGAAAUUAAACAAAAAAGACCGGGUGUUUUGCGCUGAGAGUUUUGCGUAAGCAGUUUGGUCGCAGUGCAGAAGUGAAGAACAUGUCCUGGAGAUUGUCCUUCCGAACAAAUCUUUUAAUAUACAAUGUUCGUCGGCGGAACUACGCUACAAAAGCUGCCGGAAAACCAGCAACCAGACCGAAUCGCUGGAAGAGCGUAAUCGGCUUGGAGGUUCAUGCUCAGAUCCAAACGAACUCGAAGUUGUUUUCCGGCGCGGAGGUGGCUUUUUCCUCUCCGAUCAAUUCCUGCGUGUCGCUAUUUGAUGCAUCCAUUCCCGGGACACUUCCGGUGCUGAAUCGGAAAUGUGUCGAACUAGGAGUCCGGACGGCAUUGGCAUUGGGCUGCAAGGUUAAUUCGGUGUCGAUGUUCGAUCGGAAGCAUUACUUCUAUGCGGAUCUGCCUGUCGGUUAUCAAAUAACGCAGCAGCGUGCCCCUCUGGCAAGGGGAGGUUUGCUAUCGUUCCCCGUGUUCGUUCCGGGUGUGAGCCGGAAACCGUACUACAAAUCCGCUCGAUUACAUCAGUUGCAACUGGAACAGGACAGUGGGAAGUCGUUACACGAUCCCGUCGAAAGAAAGAGCCUUGUGGAUCUUAACCGUGCGGGUGUUCCUUUGAUGGAGUUGGUUUUCGAACCGGAUCUCGAAACUGGGGAAGAAGCAGCCGCUCUGGUCAAGGAGUUGAUACUGAUACUGACUCGACUAGGAAGCUGCUCCUGUAGGAUGGAAGAGGGUGCCCUUCGAGUAGACGCUAACAUCUCCGUGCACAAGGAAAACACCCCCCUGGGAACCCGAACGGAGGUCAAGAACAUCGGUUCCGUGCGGGCGGUUGCUCAGGCAAUUGAAUUCGAAAUAGAGCGGCAAAUCGGCAUCUUGGACGGUGGUGGGAAGAUUUUCAAUGAAACUCGCGCUUGGGAUGCAGCCGGACGACAAACGAUAGCCAUGCGUGACAAGGAAGUGGUGCAGGAUUAUCGGUUCAUGCCGGAACCUAAUCUGCCACCAUUGCAUGUGAAUGUCGAUGGCGAGUGCGAUGCCGAUGUGGUGGUAGAUGCCGUGCAUAUCGGAUCGAGCUUACCGGAACUUCCGGAGGAAACCCGCAGGCAGAUAGUGGAAAUACACAACCUCACACCGGAAAUGGCCAUCAUUCUCGUGAAUGACAUUACAUUGUACAACCACUUCCGCACAAUUCUGGAUGAACCGGGAAAGGCACGUUCUCCCAAAGCGGUUGCGAAUUUUCUUAUCAAUGAACUGCUAACCAUUCUCAAUAAGAACAAAAUCGAUAUCGAGGAGUGUCGGAUUCCUUCGACUCAUUUGGCCGAGGUGACGGACAUGCUGGAAGGCAACAUCAUCAAUGCAUACCUAGCUAGGUUGAUUCUGCAGGAAGCUCUCGAUGGGGAGGGAAGGGAAAGUCCAGCGCUGCUUGCCCAGCGCAAUGAUUGGCUGAUGAUAACCGAUACGGAACGAAUCGAGGCGAUGUGUAAAGAUGCGAUCAAGAACAAUCCCAAGGUGGUCGAGAAGUACCGAAAGGGUAAAGAGAAGAUGCUGUACGCGCUGGCCGGUGAGAUUGCCAAGGUGUCCGAACAAAAAGUGGACAUGGCGAAGUCAGUUGAUUUAUUGAAGAAUAUGUUGAAAUAAUGAUAUAAAGUCGUUACUAUAUAGCUCUUGUAGUGCUUCUAA